AUGACGGCCGAAGGAAUCUACCAACUUGCUGAACUUCACGACGAUGAAGCCGUUGAACAACUCGUAAUGCCCAUGCCUUCUCUGACGCCUCCGCCUAUAAAUUUCGUCUUCAAUUACGACGAAGAUGAGCCGGACAACAAAAAUGAGCAUCAGCACAAAGUUCCCCAGGGCGAAGAAGAUCACCACGACGGCCCCACCAUGGAGCCUGCCGAGGCCGCUGAACUAGGCGACGUGCAUCAGGCCGACAUCGCUCAAAUCAACAAUCUUCAAAUUAAUGAUGACGCCAGAAACGCAGCGCUCGAGGUCACGCCCCCGGUUUGGGCCAACGACUUUCAGCUAGACGAAGACUUUGCGGCGAAGCUUCAGCAAUACGAGCAGAGACGAUGUUGUCCA